AUGCCCAUCUUGUCAAGGAACUAUGCGUCCAGCAAAUGGUGCCUCAUCAAGCUUGCCACAAUGGUCGAGAUGGCAUCAAAGUCAAAUGGCACGAAAGAGAUCCUCCCCAUUUAUCUCGACGUGAAUUCAGAUGACGUCAAGCUCAAGACUCCGCUGUACCGUGAUGUGUUUGUGCAGCACGAGACGAACUUUGACGCCGACCAAGUGAAGGUGUGGCGUGAUGCCCUCUUGGAGGUCGAGGAAAUCAAGAGAUUGAACUUGAAAAAUUAUCGAGGCUAUGGCGAACUCAUUAAAGUGAUCAUCCAGGAAGUCCUGGUCAAGCUGAAUGCCAAAUACAAGAACCUGACUGAACACUUGGUCGAAGAUCAUGUUCAGGUCGAUGCAAUUAUGAAGCUGUUAAGUGUCGACUUUUGCGGUGUGCGUUUCGUGGGAAUCCAUAGAAUAGGUGGUAUUGGGAAGACAACACUAGCAAAAGUCAUUUACAACAAAGUUUCUUCUUGCUUCGAUCGCUGCAGUUUCCUCGAAAAUAUUCGAGAGAUCUCCAGAAGAUCGGACGGUCUUGUACAUUUGUAG